AUGCCCGGCUUGCCCCUCAGACAUCCGAGACCUCUCACUGCCGCGGAACUAUAUUUGGAGUGCGAGAAAGAGCAAGAGGCAGUGGUCAACCGCUUGACACGUGAACUGACUGCCCUUCGUGCUCAGUCUGCCUCGGUCGCAUCGAAUGCCAGCUCAGUAUCCUCGACCUCCGCCAACGCGUCCCUGCUACCCGUCGACAUUACCGAUCCGAACCCUACCCACCAGAUCAUGGGCGCAACACAUCCCACUCCCAGCAGGAGACACAGAAGCUCCUCCAGUGUGAGCGCUUCAUCACGAGGCAUCCCUACACCAAGCACAUCCGCUUCUACGCACGCUCAUCCCGGCUCGAUCUCUCAAGCGAGCGCAGAUCGAGCCGCUGCGGCGGGAGGUGAACGGAAUUCGCUGAGCAGGAACCCGAGCGUCAAUGCAAGCGGCAAUAACACCCCUGCCCGACGAUCGAUGGAGAUUUCUCGCUCAGCACAGUAUGCCCUCCCACAUCGACCAUCACUCUCCCGUGAUCCAUCCCAAACCACAAUCUCCAGUACGCACGCCCAAGCCGGUUCCCCUGCGCCAAGCCAUCAUAUUGUGCCAAACCCACUCCCAAGUCCAGCUCAGAGUCCAGCUUCUCAAGUCUCGGUCUCGAACGCCAUGCAGCAUUUCGCAGACACGCGUGCUCAGAGGGAAGAACUCGAGCAUGUCAAGCGAGAAAAUGACGCCCUUCGACAGAGAGUCCGGGAUUUGGAACGAGCUUUACGUCAAAGAAGACGUGAUUCUUCGCAAUCGGUUGAUGCUCAGCGCCCUGCUGACCUGACCCCAUCGAACACUUUGGAGAGAGCCAGCCGCGAAUUCACACGUGUGCCGUCUUUCACCUCGCCACCGCACUCAGCAGGCCUGGGUGUCUGGGAUGGAGGCGUGGGUGGAGUUGCCGGUCCGCGCGAGAGAUCUGAGAGUCAGAGCACGACUGCUUCGAGUCGCCGGGGCGUCGGCAUUCCGGAGGAUGAUAGUAUUCGUGUUGGUGAGAGUGCUAAUUCGGUGGGUGUGGGUGUGGGUUUGGGUAGAGGUGCGUAG